ACAUUUAAAAUAUUUAACGUCAAAAAUGUCAAAUGUCUAAUGUUGAUUUGGAUUCGAGAAAUAUCAAAACAAUAGCAGUAAAGUAAACACUAAACAUGAAAACACAAAAAGAAAAUGUGUUUUUAGACAAAUUUCGCCUAUUAAAUUCACAAGAAUGCAGUGAAGAGAUUACUUGGUCGUCCAGCUCACUGAGUGAUUACGAAAACCUAGAUUACAACAAGAGUGUUUGCAAAAACACCAACAGUGUUCGAAGGAAGAGAAAACUUAAGAAAAAAUCUCUUAAUAACCUUUCCAAUUUAGAUAUUACGAUAAUUGACUGUACAGAAGACCAAAAAAGAGCGAAAAAUAUUGAGAAAUCACCUAUUUUGUGUAAAAAGACUAGAAUCAGUAAAAGUCCAAUUUUGACACAGAAAAACGAUGAUAAUUCGCCAAUUUUAACUACCAGGAGUAUUUUGAACAGCCCCAUUCUCCUACCGAAGCUAUCACCAAAGUCUACAAUGAAAGUUAAAAAGAAAUUAUUCAGCAUUGAUCCAAAACAAAUAAAUAAAAUAAAUGAGAAGACAAAAAUAACCUUAAAUAAUAAUUGCAAUAAUAUCAAUCCAAAUCCAAAUCGAAUUAAUACAGACAAGAUAAAAUUAGAAAUAGGAUGUUCUAAUGACAUUGUAAAAGAGGAAAUUUGUGAAAACAGUUCAAAUGAUGGCACAUCGAAAGCUAAAUUAGAUUUAACAAAAAAGGUUAGUACAUUCUUUGAUAGAAAUUUUUGUUCACAAUCGACCUCCGAACAUUCUAUUCAUGACACCACAGAUACCAGCUCGAUGAGUGAAGUAGAAAUUCUGACAUGCAAAUCGCAAAAUGAAGUACCCUCAAAGGAAAUAAAAAAAGAAAUAUCGGCCACAACGUCUACAGACUCUACCUUUGAUAAUGACAGAAGGAAAAAAGUUAGAUACAAAAAAGGAGGCCUAGCUUACCGUCUUACUGAUUUGUUGAAAAAACAGAAUGCUAAAAUUUCACUUUGGCAACACGAGAAGUAUCUGGCUGAAAAUUCAAAUUUCGUCAUUCCGAAAGAAGAAUACACCGCUUUCAGAGUUAAAGAUGUAACGUUCAAAUAUGGCGUGUACAUUUUAGAAUGUUUAAAUUUUGAGGACGAAAAAUUUAUUAUUUUAAUAAAUAAAUGUUACGUUAUUAAUAAUGUAUUAUGUGAAUCAGUAUUGAAACUGUACAAACCAUACUCAAUAUUAGACUAUGAAGAAGAUUGUAAAUUAAUUGUGAAUGUAUGCAGGUUUGAACAUUUUUGCAUCAAAAAUGAAUUUCAGGAUUCUUUUAGGGAAAUUAAAUUGUGUUAAUAUACCUAAAUUCUGUAUUUUGAUGAUUCGAAAAAAAUACUGUUAGUAAAAUAAACAAAUAUAUUUUUUUCAUUUUCCAAGCAACAGUAGUUUGUAAGCGUACUGUUUUUUUUUUAAA